CAAUAACCUGUUGAGCAAUAGAGCAACACUGACCAUUGUUUGUCUCAUACGGAAGAAAAGUGUUUGCAACUCAAAAAGGCAAUAAAUAAAUAAAAAUGCGAAAGUAUCAACAAUUAGCGUUAUUGCUAAUAUCAUGCUUUAGUAUUGGUGUGCUGAUGAUGUAUAAAAGCGAAAAUAAUCGGCUUAAAUAUGUGCUCAAGUAUGUAAACUUCUUUGGACGCAACGAUGCUGCUGUCUUGCGACGCCUCCAAAAUGGCACAGGCAUCGAGGAUGAGGAUCAUCUGAUCAAGAGCGCGUUCUCCAAGCCGUUGCCAGUUUGGCAACUAAUAGGCGACUCCUUUCAUGCAUAUUCCGCUUACUGGAAACGCAACGAGCUGGUCGCUGGCGGAGAAGCCCACGUUAUUGUUGUGGGCAUAAAGGGUGCUGUGGUUGACUUUCGCUGCAGUUUCGACGUCGGCGGACGCAGUGUGCAAGGCAAAUUUCGCUUUCAACGUGAUGCCACUGAGGGUGUGGUCGACAACAAUGAUGCUACAUUCACCUACUACAAUUUCUUCUGUCAAGUGAGCCGUAAUUUUGGUGAACCGGAAUAUGUUGCCUUCAGUGACACGAGAUCAACAACGAAACGACAGGUUAAGCUACGCUUGCGCUAUGUUAAACCGGCAAAUGCCAAUACAAAUAGCAAUGCAGUGGCUAAGACCACCAUAAAACCACACGCACAUGUCAGAUUACCGGCAACGAUGUGUGUGGAUCUUGUUAGCUUUAAUAUGAGCUCACCAUUCGGACGGAAUGCAGAUGCUAUGCUGCAGUUCUUUCUGUUCCAUCAAGCUCUUGGUGUCGAACACUUUCUAGUGUACAACUAUGAUGAGCUGCCCGAGAAAGUUGUACGUCUACUGGAGCGCACCAAUUUGCAUCUCUAUGGACUGCCCUUUAAUUUCCCAUUCCAACAAACGAAUACGACAACUGCCCGCAUUCGGCAAUUGAUGCUGACGGAUUGCCUGCUGCGCAAUGUGAACUAUGCUGCCUUCACCAUGCUUCUGGCUCCCAAUGAGAUUGUCUAUCCAAAUGCCCGAUUUGCCAGCGACACAAAUCGUGCACUGCAACAGCAGCUGCGUCAUUAUGCCACAGAAACCUCACGCUUUGAGCUGGCCACGUUUGCCGUGUGCUUUGACGAACGCAAGAAAUUACUCAUCGAUAAUGUGCAGUAUGAUCCUGAGGUAAAGCCACCACAUGCCACACUUCUGUAUCGCUUGGAAUUGCCGCCAGCGCAGCUGCUGCUGCCGACAGCGACUUCGGUGGAAUUGCCGCUUUCAAGUGGAUUCGCUCAUCGAUAUGUGGACUGCCAGCAUGUGGGGAAGGAUGGAUUGCACGACUGGCGCAACGGAGUGCGCGAGGAUUUGAUGAGUCACAUUAAUACUCUGCGCAGCGAGGUCGAUUUGCUCAUUUAAAUUUAAGCCCUAGAUAGGUAGCACUUUAGUUAGAGUGAGGACAUCAAUCAGACAUUAUUAGACUGCCAUAAAAAACGUUGGAUUACGAUUCAAUUUUAUAUUGUACAAUAAUAAAUAGACAAUUAUAAAACGUUUCGAAUGUGUGCAAUACAAGGUAAUUUCGAAUGUUGUAGUUGUUUGUAUUUGUGUAUUGCCUGUUGAGUGUACCAUAUCCAAUAUUAUCAUUAUGAUUA